AUGAAUCCUUUACAGCCGCUGAAUACAAACGUUUUUGAUUGCGCCAAUCGUGAACAGACGCCCCUCAUAAAGAAACAAGAUGCUCACACCAAACAGGUAACGAAAGAGAGCAUUCUCAACGUAUUGGAACAUUUGCAGUUGAGAGAAGCGACAGUACUACAAAAUCUUGAAAGUGCUGGCACAAUAAGCCCGAAAAGAGUCUGUUUUCUUAUCAAUGGCUGGAAGCUCAAGGAAUACAUCUCACAGUACUAUUGGUUCUACAAAUUGAUGUAUCGGAUCGAAAGAACUGGGUACAUGGAAUAUGAGGUAACUUGUCUCCAUACUGAUCUCUUAUUAGGGUUGAUUACCGAGUGUGGGUUUCUAACGCUGAAGUUACAGAACCCUGUCCGCGAAUCAGAUUUUGCAACUCGGUCGACCAGUUACAUUUCCACAGACGGCUACUCUUUAGUGUUGCUCAACAAUGCACGUCGAGUGCUUAUCGACGAUUUCAGGAAGCACAUGCAUAUGAUACUGUGGUGUGGGAAGAACGGGCACUACAAGAGACCAAACACAAUCACCACCACUCCGCCAAAUAUUGUUAUCCCUCCGAUAACAGUUAAAUGCGGCAUCGACCGUUCGGACCGGUUGAUGCCACUGGAAUACCGACGGCUCGUCAGCAGCAUUGAGACCGUCGAACUACAACUAACUAAGCCCAGCGUGACCUACCUGAUAGGCCCGCAGGGACAGCGGAUCGAGGAGAUCAGGGCCGCUUCGGGCGCCACGAUUAAAGUGUGCCCGCUGGCCCAUCGGCUGUCAAAUGCCCAGCUGUCCCAAAGCACCCACAACAAGCAGCAGGUCAGCAUCACAGGCACACACUUCAACGUCACAAAAGCCGUCACAAUGAUCGAGCUCGAACUGCUAGCCUCAUCCCGCCCGGUCUAG